AUUUCCGGCAAAGUCAUGAUAGAUGUGUCGAGUCUUGGAGUCUAGUACGUGGACUAUCUGAUCAGCUUGGGUAUAUAAUAAUAUCAGUGUCCACAGUCAAAGUGUACCAGGUACUAGACUUCUUAAUUAAACGAGGCUUUAUAGAACAUUUAUAAACUUGCCCAAACUUUGAGAUUAGGUGUAUUCUUGGAUUGACGCCACAGACUUCCAUGAGUUGCAGAUGAGGCUCAGUAGAUUUCCCUAACAGACAUUGGAUUGACCUUCUGGGUCACAGGUCAAGGGUAACGAUGACAUCCCGCUACAUAUCUGCUCUGGACUAUGCUGACAUCAAUGCGAAACGAAUCUUGAAGAAACAUGCAAAGAAACGCCCCCUUGGGGAACUUGAGAGCAGAUUGAGGUACACCCCUGCUCAGCCUGUGUUGUCGUGUCGUACUGUGGAUAUUGAUGUGAGCGGGACACGGACGUACCGUUCACGGUCCACCACAGAUAUCAUCACAGAGCAGCACAAACUCAUUCACAACCUCUACACAAGGCCCAGUAGGAAUAUAACCUCAGCCCCUAACAGGAGGAAUGGAACCCCCUCGAGGACGGAGGACGACUUUGCCCAGAGACAGAGGAUAAACAUUGAAGUACACGGUCGACCUUUGACCUCACAGUCUCAAUCUACGUUACAACACACAAACCGAGCCCAUUCUUCAACACGUCGGCCCAAAACAACUGGAAAUCUUAAAAAAGUCUCAUUUCUGUCACAAGACUUGAGUAUUAAUCGAAACACAAAUGCUGAAUAUUUGGAGACCAGCCGUGAACACAAGAAAUUGACGGAGAAAAUCCAUGAGCAUUGGGACCCUGGGAGUCACGACUUAAACACAGGUACAUUUGUACGAGGACAGCAGAAGGCAGACGCUCCACCGAGUCUCGAGGCUGGCUGGCUCACGUUUGGGGGCGUCAACAGUGAGGAGACAUCUGGUGUCAUAGAUGCCUUUGCUCAACUAAGAGAUGAUGAGGAGUACUAUAACAUUGAGGGAAGAGUUGGAAGUCGAGUUGCCCAGCAGCUACAGAAAGGAGACAAAAUUCGUGUGGGCAUCAAUGGGCGCAUUCAGUCUGACGAUUUGAAGGUGAAACGCCAGGACAGCUGUCUUAGCAGAGAGUCGACAGAAUUUGAAAGAGCUGAUAAAGAAAACAUGGAAAAGACAGUUAUCCCCCUUUGUUGGGAGGAUGAACUGACAUCAUCAAAAGUGAUCUCCCCCAGGGAACAGAGAGACGAUGGUCCGAAACCUGUGAUGAGUGAAACUCACCCAGUAUUUUUCACACAUGAGAAAGACGAGUUGAGGCGUCCUAAUCUGACCAAGAAAUCGACAAAACAAAACCAACCAAAGCCGCCAGAGGGAUUUAAAAUCAAGCACAGGAAGAAAUCCAGGCAAAGUCUUGAUGGUCAAGAGGAUGAAAAGAUCAUGGUGAUAACAAUUGACCAGAAGUCAUCACAGGAGGAGACCAAGCUACAGGGGCUGUCAGUUGACGACGUGCUCCAGAAAAAGUUCAAUGGUAACAAGGCCCCCACUGACAGUGUCAGUGACAUGGACAUCAGUACACUACAGGACAGUCCGAGGACUUGUGCUCGCACCCCUUCUGGGGACAUGUCAAGGAAUACUGCCAAAAAUAAUGAAUCUGAUUCUGUUAUAAGUGUGGAACCUCUAAGGAUCACCACACCGAAGUCUAAACCGGUAUCACCUCCCUAUGUCUCAAAGAACACACCAUCAGAUUUAAUCGUUGGACCGUCGUCGGGAAUUAUAGCAGGACGAGAAAAGUCUGCCUCCUCCACCAGCAGGUCAAGUCGUGUCGGGAGUGAACGGGGCAGUGCCAAGUACCACAGUAGGCCGACCCCGCCAAAACCUCUCCACACCUACAACACACCGUCCUCUUUUAAUUUGUAUGGCACACGAGGGGAGACAGAGUUCAUUCAGAUCACAUCGCAGAUUCGUAACCCGAACCCCCCACCCCCAGCUCCUCAUUCCAGCCCACUAAAGGAAUCGUAUCUAGCUCAGUCCUACACUGAUGAGGCCAUACGACAAGUAGGACAACAAAAUAUACCUGUACCUGAGGAAAUCCACCAGCCAGCACCUGCACCCUCCCCAGAUAUCCCUGAUAUCAGUCCCCCUAAACAGGAGGAGGAAGUGGAGCCACCUCCCCCGUCCCCACAACCUGACUUGCGUACUAUCAGUCCGGGGAGCACAGGUCUAGCCAUAAGCAUUCCUACGGCUGAGGAAUUUUCUGAUCGGGAUGUGGAUUCCACCAUUAAUUCUCCCUGGACUAGCCAGCGAGAUAAUGUUAUCAGUAUGGAGAAUGGCACUCGUGGCACCUCCAAACGGGAGGCUGCCUACAGAGACUCGCAGAUUGAUCAGAUUACCUCCCUUUUGAAGGGAGCAAUUGUUGUACCCACUGACAAGGAUAGUUCAUAUGUUGUUGAAAAAUCAGUUAAAUUUCAGGAAGGUAGCUAACAAUCUCA